CAGAGUGUGAGCCACGCUGCAGUCGAGACAAGUCUCUGUUUCUCUCUAAAAGAAAAUUCACACUGACUUCAUCAGGUCUUUGUCAACAACACAGCAGAGUCUCUGCCCAACACUGUGUGUAGAUAUGGCUGCUGCAAACUAUCUGCCAUCUGAAGAUCAGUUUCUGUGCUCCAUCUGUCUGGAUGUGUUCACUGAUCCUGUCAGCACACCAUGUGGACACAACUUCUGCAAAAACUGCAUCACUGAACACUGGGAUACAAGCUACAGGUGCCAGUGUCCCUUAUGUAAAGAGACUUUUACCAUAAGACCUGAUUUGAGGGUUAACACUUUGCUAACUGAGAUGGUCGCUCAGUUCAGACAGUCAGCUCAACAGAAAGCCAGCAGCAGCAGCUCACAGCAACAAGCUGCCAAACCAGGAGAAGUUCCCUGUGACGUCUGCACUGGAACCAAACUGAAGGCCCUGAAGUCCUGCCUGGUGUGUCUGGCCUCCUACUGUGAGACUCACCUGGAGCCUCAUCUGACAGCUUCACGUCUGAAAAGACAUCAGCUGAUCGACCCUGUGGAGAACCUGGAAGACAGGAUGUGUACGAAGCACGAUAAACCUCUGGAGCUGUUCUGUAAGACCGACCAGACAUGUGUCUGCAUGCUCUGCACUGUUUCAGACCACAAGACACAUGAUGUUGUUCCUCUGAAAGAAGGAUAUGAAGGAAAGAAGGCUGAGCUGGAGGCUGAACUUCAGCAGAUGAUCCUGAAGAGACGACUGAAGAUUCAGAAGAUCAAAGACUCAGUUGACCUCAGUAAGGAAGAUGCAGACAGAGAGAUUGCAGAAGGUGUUCAGGUCUUCACUGCUCUGAAGGAGUGUAUUGAGAGAGGCCAGGCCAAUCUCAUCGAUGCAAUCAAGGAGAAGCAGAAAACAAAAGAAAAUCAGGCCAAAAGUUUUAUAAAAGAGCUGGAACAGGAAAUCUCUGAGCUGAUGAACAGAGGCACUGAGCUAGAGCGGCUCUCACGCUCUGAUGACCACCUCCAUCUUCUCCAGAAUGUCCAGUCUCUAAACACCCACCACCCAACACCCACCAAAGACUGGACAGAGGUCAGCAUCUGUCCAUCAUAUGAGGGGACUGUGGUGAGAGCUGUGUCUCAGCUGGAGGAGACACUCAGUGAACAGAUUAAGAAGCUGAUUGAAGCUGAGCUUAAGAGGGUCCAGCAGUAUGCAGUGGAUGUGACUCUUGAUCCUGAUACAGCACAUCCUAAUCUCAUUCUGUCUUAUGGUGGAAAACAAGUGAAAUAUGGUGAUGUGAUAGUGUCGACCUUUCAGACAGACAACCCGGAGAGAUUUUCAACCAGUCUCUGUGUUUUAGCAAAGCAGAGUUUCUCUUCAGGCAGAUUUUACUUUGAUGCUCAAGUUCAAGGAAAAACUAAAUGGAAUUUUGGAGUGGCCAGAGAGUCGAUCAACAGGAAAGGAACCAUCAGUAUGACCCCUGACCAUGGUAACUGGACUCUAGGUUUAAGAAACAAAAAUGAGUACAAAGCCUUUGAUGACCCUCCAGUCCGUCUCUCUCUGAAGUCUCAGCCUCAGAAGGUGGGGGUGUUUGUGGAUUAUGAGGAGGGUCUGGUCUCCUUUUAUGACGUAGAUGCUGCAGCUCUUAUCUACUCCUUUACUGGCUGCUCCUUCACUGAGAAACUCUUCCCAUACUUCAGUCCCUGUAAUAAUGAUGAUGGUAAAAACUCUGCACCUCUGAUCAUCUCUCCUGUCAGAGUUAAAUAAUCACUGCUCUUAUUUUAUGUAUUAAUUUAUUUUUAUUCAAGGGAACAAAUAUUUAGUGUUAGUAGCAGGGAAAACACCUUUUGGUCAGUUGGUUGGUCGAUAUGUGUCUGACAUAAUCCUCACCGGUCACAUAAUCACUGAGCUUACUUUCAUAAGGUUGUGUGUCCGCCAAAGUGUUUUAUCCCACCUCAAAAACGCCUAGCUAAGAGCACUAGUGCACUUUGGAGGCACGUUUUUUUUCUGUUGAGAGUCGUCGUAUCAGGGCUUUUAUUGGUUUUAUUACGGAGCAGCUGGAGAAUGACAGUAAAGGACAGAGAGAGAAAGAAAGGGGGGAUUAUAUGCAGCAGGUAGGAAUCACACCUGGGCCCCUGCUCAGGACACAGCCUACAUUGGAGCGACGCGCUACCAGGAGAGCUAAAACAUGCCCCUGAACGCAGCAUUUUACCCAAAGUUAGCAUUCUUUAAGUCUUGGCAACCAGAAAAUAAAACGACAAUUGUACAGGGCUCAGUGAAUUGUCAUGUUUUUGGCGUGUUGCAGUGUAAAUACACAGUGCAGAGAAUCAAAAAAUAUUUAUGUAGUUAAUGUAAAGAAAAUAUGCAGAUUUUUUUUCUCCAUCGAUCAAAUGGAUUGGUUGAAUCGUAGGUAGAAUUUCAGUCAACUGAUAUUUUCUUUGUUUCACCACACCCCCAGUGAAUACCUUCUAGCUGACAUCUUAUUUUCUACAGAAUCUUUUUAAUGUGAAUAUACACUUCAUUAAGAUUCUUAAUUUUACUGAUCCCAUUACACAGUCAACACAUACAUUUAAAGCAUUCAUCUAUUUCAAUCUGCAUCAUGACACACAUGAUAUGUGCAGAAUAUCUGUUUAAACCUCUGUUAAACCCACAGACAUUUACUCUCACUGACAGAAGAAAUCACUGUUUGUAAAGACGCCAAAUAUGUCAGGCUGCAGUCUCCAGGAUUUGAUGCAAAAGUACUCAAAAUCAAGUUUUUUUCCUUCUAUUUGAUGUUCAGCCACAAGAACACAUAUCACUGAAUAUUUCAUUGUGUCAUAGUAACGCCUAUUACAUGCCUGUGGUGUCGACAGAAUACAGUAUGUGUCAUUGUUAUACCUGAUAUAAAAGGUAAUGAAUAAAAAAGAUGCUAACUGAAUUUUCUAUCUUGCCUAAAAUGUUGUUUGGUUGACUAUUGGUCGGUGUGACCAACUGUUAUUUGUUUUGUGAACACUGGUGAGAUGGUUUAUGUGUCACAGAAAACUGUAAAUAUGUGAUUGUUGAAUGAAAUAAACUAGUUGUUUAACACAA